GACGAGUCCGGUGGGUUUGCGUUCUACUACCUCGUCAAAGUCGUUAACCUGGUGGUGGGCUUUCCUGCCAACAUCAUGGUGAUGUGGCAGGUGGCCAGGAAGAAGAGUGACUCUUCCACCUCUGACAUCUUCAUCUUCAACCUGGCCAUCUCCGAUGCCUACUUCUGCCUGAUGACUAUCAUCUUUCUGGUGAACCGCCUAUUACUCAAUGACAAGAUGAUGUGGUACUUCCAGCUCUUUGCCUACGGAAUCAAGGACACCACCCCGCUCUUCCUCACCUGCAUUUGCCUGGACCGCUACAUGGCUGUCGUCCACCCCAUCGUGUUCACCGGCAUCAGGGACAACAAGAUCAGAGUGGCCUUAUCCAUGCUAGUGUGGGGGCUAAUGCUGGCCUACGCCCUCAGCAUAUCAGUUGUGGGGGAGGACAGCACGAUCAACGCCAUCACCGGGCUGAUCCUGUCCGCCUUCAUCAUCAUGGUCUUCUGCAACAUCUCUGUCAUAUGGAAUCUGAGGAAGUCGGUCAUGGGCAAAGAGAAAAUGCACCCCAUGAAGAAGAAAGCCUUCAGAACAGUGGUCAUCACCCUGGCCAUCAUCGUCUUUAACUACCUGCCCCCAGUGGCUCUUUUUCCCUUUGCAGCAUACUACAGCUUUGUGGAAUUCAAGUGUUACAUCAGCAUGAUUUCCUACUCCAUCAUGGACCUGAGCUCCAGCAUCGAACCCCUGCUCUACAUGUCCAAGAUGGAACGGCUCACCAACCUCCCCUGCAGCUGCUGCCAAAGGUCUUCUGAAGAGUCACACAAUGUAACCACAUGAGCUGCAUCUAUUUGGUUUGUAUGUAUGCAUCUGAAUGGAGCCUUCCAAUUAUUAACAGUGAGUUCAAUCGGCGUUUAAUUUCACCAUGCUGCCACGGUAGUUUUGCUAAAUGAAAUAGCCUACAGCAGCUUGUCAGGAGGUUCGCUUUUCACCAAAACAAUCUGUGUUUAACGAUUGUUAACUGCCGUGCGCGAUGCUAAAAUUUCGCAAGCAAACUGCGUAAUUAAAUUCUUUUAGUAGAUAAAAAUGAUAAUGCACAUCCAAACACAGUGGCAGACAUAUAAAUUAACUUAAGUGAAACUCUUCGCAACGUACUGUAUUUCAAUCUGAAAUUGAUAAAACGUAUUGGAAUGCAUUAAAGAGCUGCACGUCAACCUAUAUUAUAGGUCUUUUUGUUUAGAUUGCUGUCUGAUUCAUAUUAUUAUUUUGCACCUAUUAAGAUAAAGUAAAAUAUCUACCAAUUUUCAGUUGCUUAUCACUCUGGGCCCUUUUAGAUAAGCUACCUCUUUCCCAACUGUUUUGUAAGUGGUUAUCUAAAUAUUCUGCAUUAAAAUAUUUUACAUUAGGCUACUUGGUUAAAAGCUGGUCAAAAUGUAUAUGUUUAUUUAUGUGUAAACUGCGCGUUAUUUUGUUGGAAAAAAAGAUUAAUCAGAUUGUUGGAUUGUUGUGAAUUCCGUUAGGCCAUUGUUAGGCCAUUUUGUUAAAAUUACUUAUUACCAUGCCCAAAAUAUUCACAUUUUCAUAUAUGUU